UCUGCAAUAGGUCACAGCCCACAGGCCGCAGACAGUUUGAGUCAAUUUGACUAAUUUACAGACCACGGUAGUACGGUCACUAACUACAGUGAAUACUGAAUAGCGAAUGCGCUCCUCAGUCAUCGGAAAACCCGAAACCGAUAGCUGCAAGCUGGAACACAUUUACUCGUAGUUCGUACAAUACUCGACGUAGACCGCUAAUCAAACGCUUGUCGCUUACAAACUCGUAUUAUUAUUUUUAACAAUUUUAAAAUACAGUAUCGUUUAGGAGAGGUAUAGAUCGUUUAUAAUUCUGUUUCGGUGUGUGUGUUGUACAACGGUGAUUUGGCGCUGGUCGAAUAGCAAACGUUUCAUUCGACUACUCCGUGACGUUUCUGAACGAUGGCAAAUACUACGACACGGUCUUACGGGAAGACACCAACCCUUUCGUCGGACUUUACCACGCACGCCAUGGCCCUUUUACGACGGCGGCACAAUUCCUCACCGAACAGCCAAAGUGCAAAGCUCGACAGCAGCCUGAAGUUCAAAGAUAUCCGGCGAAUCAAACGCGAAAUCUACGAUACCUUUCCUGAUUGCUAUGUCGAAUGGAUAGAGAGGGUCAAUUUCCCGGAGAUGUAUGGCAUGUACUUGUUGCGCAAAGAGGAAAUGCAGUUGGAUAUAGGCGGAGCGGGCAGUGUAAAGGAAAUAUUGCUAUACCACGUGACCACUAAGUCCAGGGCCCUGAAGUCGCUGAAGAGCGGACUCGACUGGCGCCUUACUCGGCGUUCCAGAUACGGAUGUGGCGUGUCAUUUAGUGAAGAUGCCGAGUACGCCGACAAAUAUGCCGACAAUUCUACCCGCCAAGAUAAACGAGUUAUCAUGAUAUGCUCCGUGCUCGUGAAAGAAACAUACGUGGUCAACCAUAAAUGGAAUGAAGGAAACAAUUUGAUUGUACCACCUGGCACGGCCGACACGACAGUGAACAGUGAUGGUAACGUCUAUGUCAAGUACAAUGACUUUGACUUUUAUCCCCUGCAUUUGGUGUACUAUUCCUAUCACUCAGAUUAUGAUGACUACGAUGAUUACUAUGGCGGCGAUGACUACAAUGACAAUUAUUAUUUUCCACAUCAUUUCAACUUUGUCUUUGACGCUUUUAAUGGUUUUUAUCAGUAUUGAUAUUAUCUAUCAAACAUAAAUCACAGGUAGCAUUUUUAUUAAACACCUUAAUAGGUGAAAGCCAGGAAGUA